UUGCGGGCGAGGGCGGAGCCUCGGGGGCGGAGUCUGCGCUCGGGAUCGGGCUGCGGCUGCGGCUGCUGCACUUUCAGCUUCCGAGGCGAGGAGGCCGAGGCCUGGGCCGAGCCCGGAGCCGCCGCUCGUCGGAGCCUCCUGGAGCCCCCGCGCCGGCUCAGCCUGGGGGCGGGCUCAGGCCCGGCCCGCCGCCGAACCCAGGACAGAGGCUGCAUGCCAGAGGACCAGGCCGGCGCAGCCAUGGAGGAGGCAUCUCCUUAUUCCUUACUUGAUAUCUGCUUGAAUUUCCUGACUACUCACCUUGAGAAGUUCUGCUCAGCGAGACAAGAUGGAACACUGUGUCUGCAGGAAUCUGGAGUGUUCCCACAGGAGGUGGCUGAUCGGUUGCUUCAGACCAUGGCUUUUCAUGGUCUCCUGAAUGAUGGAACCGUAGGUAUUUUUAGGGGCAACCAGAUGCGCUUGAAGAGAGCUUGCAUUCGCAAAGCCAAGAUCUCUGCUGUUGCUUUCCGGAAAGCCUUCUGCCACCACAAGUUGGUGGAACUUGACGCCACGGGUGUGAAUGCUGACAUCACGAUUACAGACAUCAUCAGCGGGCUUGGCAGUAACAAGUGGAUCCAACAGAAUCUCCAGUGCCUAGUGCUGAACUCAUUAACUCUCUCCCUUGAAGACCCUUAUGAGCGGUGCUUUAGCCGGCUUUCCGGCCUCCGAGCAUUAAGCAUCACCAACGUCCUCUUUUACAAUGAAGACCUGGCCGAAGUUGCCUCGUUGCCCAGAUUAGAGAGCCUGGAUAUUUCUAACACCUCUAUCACUGACAUCACAGCUCUGCUAGCCUGCAAAGACAGACUCAAGUCUCUAACCAUGCAUCACUUGAAAUGUUUAAAAAUGACAACUACCCAGAUAUUGGAUGUUGUUCGGGAACUAAAACAUCUGAAUCAUCUUGAUAUUUCAGAUGACAAACAGUUUACAUCAGACAUAGCCCUUCGAUUACUAGAACAGAAGGACAUCCUGCCCAACCUCGUCUCCCUGGAUGUUUCCGGGAGGAAGCAUGUGACAGAUAAAGCUGUUGAAGCCUUUAUACAACAACGGCCCAGCAUGCAGUUUGUAGGUUUGCUGGCCACUGAUGCUGGCUACUCUGAGUUCCUCACAGGCGAAGGACAUUUGAAGGUGUCUGGAGAAGCCAAUGAAACUCAGAUUGCAGAAGCACUGAAGCGGUACAGUGAACGGGCAUUCUUUGUCCGGGAAGCUCUGUUUCACCUUUUUAGCCUGACUCAUGUGAUGGAAAAAACAAAGCCAGAAAUUUUAAAGCUUGUGGUUACUGGGAUGAGAAACCACCCUAUGAAUUUGCCAGUGCAACUUGCUGCAAGCGCCUGUGUAUUUAACUUAACCAAGCAGGAUCUUGCCGCAGGAAUGCCUGUCCGACUCCUGGCUGAUGUGACCCAUUUGCUACUCAAAGCCAUGGAACAUUUUCCCAAUCACCAGCAGUUACAGAAGAAUUGCCUGCUUUCACUUUGUAGUGACCGGAUUCUUCAGGAUGUUCCAUUUAACAGGUUUGAAGCAGCCAAGCUUGUCAUGCAGUGGCUCUGUAACCAUGAGGAUCAAAACAUGCAGAGGAUGGCAGUUGCAAUCAUUUCCAUUCUGGCUGCCAAGCUUUCUACAGAACAAACUGCACAGCUUGGUGCUGAGCUCUUCAUUGUCAGGCAACUUCUUCAAAUAGUGAAGCAGAAAACCAAUCAAAAUUCGGUGGACACUACUUUGAAGUUUACUUUGAGUGCACUUUGGAACCUCACAGACGAAUCUCCAACCACUUGCAGACACUUUAUUGAAAACCAAGGGUUAGAACUCUUUAUGAGGGUUCUGGAGUCAUUCCCAACUGAGUCAUCCAUUCAACAGAAAGUUCUAGGACUUUUGAAUAAUAUAGCUGAAGUACAAGAAUUACAUUCUGAAUUAAUGUGGAAAGAUUUUAUAGACCACAUCAGUAGCCUCCUACAUAGUGUUGAAGUGGAAGUCAGCUACUUUGCCGCUGGAAUUAUUGCCCAUUUAAUAUCUAGAGGUGAACAAGCUUGGACAUUGAGUCGAAGCCAGAGGAAUUCUCUUCUGGAUGAUCUGCAUUCAGCUAUUUUGAAAUGGCCAACUCCAGAGUGUGAGAUGGUGGCAUACAGGUCUUUUAAUCCAUUUUUCCCAUUACUUGGCUGUUUCACAACACCAGGAGUCCAGCUAUGGGCGGUUUGGGCCAUGCAACAUGUCUGCAGCAAAAAUCCCUCAAGGUACUGCAGCAUGUUGAUUGAGGAAGGAGGACUGCAGCAUUUAUACAACAUCAAAGAACACGAACAGACUGACCCCCACGUCCAGCAGAUCGCAGUGGCCAUUCUGGACAGCUUAGAAAAACACAUUGUUCGCCAUGGAAGACCACCUCCCUGCAAAAAGCAGCCUCAGGCCAGACUAAAUUGAUAGCCAUAGAUAAUUCGAUAAUUGAGUCACAGAAAUUCUUUUUGUGAUAGGUCCACUUGGAAUAUCUUACCCUCUGUGAUGUUUGGGGGGGUUUCUAUGACACGAGUCCUAAGAUCAGUUUGGGAUUGACAAUGUACAGUACUGCCCGUGUGACUGUCUGAUUUGUCUUGUGAUUUUUAACUUAUAAGGCAAGAAGGGUCUCUUCCUUCAUCAUUGCCUUUUAGGAAAAUUUCCACAUCUUUCAGUGUUUGAACUUAAUCUGUGCUUAAAAUUCUACAGUUUUAUGAGGACGUUUGCACGAACCCUUAGGCCAGACUUUUCUGAUAUCUUGACACCCCUUCCAGUCAAUCUACAGCUUCCGACAAGCUGUUGACCUGAUUUCUGGCACAGCUUCAACUGUAAAUUUUAUACUGCUUCUGUAUAAAAAGCCUUUAUUCUCCGUGUAUCUUUUAUAAGAUGUCCUUCUUCGUGUGAAAGAAUGGAAAUCUGAAUUCUCGCCUUGUAAAAGCUACUCACUGGCUGAUACCCGGAUAGUUGGCAGAAAAUGUAUUAAAGGAAAAACUACUAAGAGAGACUAGGGUUUGGGACGUGGGAAAAGGUCUGCUCUUGUGUCGUCCUUUUAAGCUGGAGCCCCCGCUCCUGAGGCCCUGAGCAGGAGCUUGUUCUUCCCAUUUACUCCUGGAAGCACGGGCUGUGGCUUCCUACGCAGACUGCUGGUUCCUCUCUAGAAAUUUUUCCCCAAGCACCACAGUGUGAAAUACUCCAGCCUUCUGUGUUCAAGGUUAACUGUCUGACUCUGUGUCACGUUGCUGUGAAAAUGGGAAUUUUAAAAUUCCCAUCUUCACAACUGCUAAAACUGACCAUCCUUUUCCCUGUGUCUCAAAGGCAUUUUGUUCAGUGGAAUAGAGACUAGACAGGUCACUUAAAAAUGCAAUUAACAACAGUAAGUUCUGCCCCGCGAAGUUAAAUUUCUUUGGUUUCAAAAUACACGUAUCUUAAUGUUUUCAUAAGGUUGGGGAAAGCUGUCUGCAUCUCACUGCCAAAAAUAAACGAGAAGCAUUGAUUCGACUAUUGUUAAAUAUGAUUCUCGUUUCAGUGCAUGAAAGGAAAUAUUUUUUUAGACAGUUGCCUUUCCUUUGAGAGGCUCAUUGAAGUAAAGAGCCAGUCAUCAAUAUGUCAGUAGUGGCAGUUGGGAGGCAACAAGUCACCCAGAAACUUAUUUUCCGUUUAAAAUUUUAGUUUGUGAAUAAGGUUAAUCUGCAAUCUCAGAUGACUGCAUUUUUUUUUCAUAGGUGGUCCAAAUGUUUUCAGCAGAUACUUUAAAUGAUAUUUCAUGGUGAUUAUUCGGAAGCAUUUUUAUUUCGAAGCGGAGCUGGCUUAUUGGUAUGCCAAUUACAUUUUUGACCUACACAUUUCAGACCACUGUCACCAUAACCAUGCUAGAGUUAGUUGGGACUCCUUCACAGGAAUGAACACUUCAAUGAAAAGAAAAUAGGUAUUUAGAAUUGUUAAAAACCAUCUUAAAUUGUGGGUUAAUUCUGACUUAAUUGUUUAAGGGAUUUUUAUAGAUGUAAGAUAUAUUUUCACAGAUUAAGUCUUCUUUCAGAGAAAAUGGAAACGUCUUUUAGAAAUUUCCCCCCUUUUCUGGAUUUUAAACGUCUAAGGUGAAAUGUAGAAAAUAGGAUGGCCCCAGUAGCUUGGAAGUCACUAGCUGUGUUGACCAUUUCUAGGUCUCCUAGUUUGUGUGGUUGUAAGGGAAAACCUAUUUGAGAAGUUUGGCUUCAAGUUUCUGUUGUAUCCCAUUCAAGACAAAAGUACAUGAUCCUUCUAGGCUACUCCUAGGUAUUUUGUCUUUAUAAAUUGUUCUCAGAAAUGGCUAAAAAUAUAUAGAAAACGGUCCCUCCAUUACUCAGAAUAACUUGUUGAUAGAUGAAGACUCAAAUAUAUUUAAAUUUAAACUUCCUACUUUGAGCCCUGGUACUGGCCAGAUACUUCUGAGUCUUAAAAACAAAAUAUGGUCACAUCCCAAAUAUAUAAAAAUUGUAGUGCCUUUGAGGUUGGGAUGGCUCUUAAAAUUGUGUAUCUGAUUAUGGCACAGAACUGUCUAUAAGGUUUUGAAUCUGGCUAAAGGAUAGCAUAUAUACACAUAAAUUGAAAUUACAAGGUAUAACUGGCCUAUCUCUACAGGUAGAAUCUAUUAGGCCUCCCUUUUGAAUUUGUACACGAGAAUGUAACAGUACUUGAUGCCUUCAAAGGUUACCUCUUCAGUGGCUUAGAGGUGCUGUUUCAAGCACAAUGUCAACUAGGGUUGAACCACUCAUUGCUCAAAUCAUUGGUAUGCUCAGUUACUGCAAAUUCUCUCUACAUCAGUCCACAAGCAGCAGCAAGGUUUAGAUCGACUAAAGACUACAAUGAUGCAUGUUGGUAUCACUGGGUAAAACAAGAAGAGUCUGAAAUUAAAGCAAAAAUAAACAAGGCAUCUCAUUCUUUUUUUUUUUUUUUAAUUUUUUUUUUUUUGCUUUUUAGGGCCACAUUUGCAGCAUAAGGAGGUUCCCAGGCUAGGGGCCAAAUCAGAGCUGCAGCUGCUGGCCUAUGCCACAGCCACAGCGACUUAAGAUCUUGAGCCCCAUCGGCAGCCUACACCACAGCUCAUGGCAAUGCUGGAUCCUUAACCCACUGAGCACGUCCAGGGAUCAAACUUGUGUCCUCAUGGAUACUAGUCAGGUUCAUUACCACUGAGCCACAACGGGAACUCCAGGCAUCUCUUUCUAUCUAUCAAGUAAGUUUUGGAGUUCCCGUCAUGUUUCAGUGGUUAACAAAUCUGACUAGCAUCCACGAAGACAAAGGUUCCAUCCAUAGCUUCCCUGAGUAGGUUAAGAAUCCAGUAUUGGCAUGAGCUGUGGUGUAGGUCGCAGACGUGGAUCGGAUCCUGCAUUGCUGUGAAUAUGGUGUAGACCAGCAGCUGCAGCUCCAAUUUGACCCCUAGCCUGGGAACCUCCAUAUGCCAUGGUGUGGCCCUGAAAAGCAAAAAAAAAAAAGUCAGUUUUACUGUUGUCUUUAUACUCCAAAAUUUUUUUCUUUUUGCAGUUGAAAAGAAACAAAUCAAGUAGUAAUAAGGGGUUAGUUUACUCUCUGGCCAAGGAUUCAGUCGCUUCUGACGCAGUUGAGGAUUUAAAAAAUCAUAUCACACCCACAGAUCCAGGAAUUGACCUUGAAUAUUGCUGCUCCUCACUCCUGGACAGAAAUGCCACUUAGUGGCACUAGUCAGUUUAAGUGAAUGGAGUGGAGGUGAAUCUCAUAAGGCUACUAAGAAUUUAAUCUCAUGCUGUCGUUCAUUUGCAAACUUCCAAAGAAUCAAAAAGUUACGUUUUAAAACAUCAGUCCUGUAUAUCCAGCCUAGGAAUCUAUCUAUUGCUAGUGGGACCUUUUGAAUUUGCCCUUUUUCUGAUCAGUUACUUUUAUUUGGCUAUAUUUUUAAUUAUGCCAUGCUCAAAAAUAGUAUUGGGCCAUCUUCUAGGCUUUUGGAGCACAUUUUAAUGAAAAACAUUUGUUUUAAUAUGUGUAAAUUUGGGCAGAAACAAUGAAUGAACCAUAGUUUUGGCUUAGUGCUUUAAAAUGCCUGACACCAGCCCCCAACAGAACAAUAUGCAGUGGUACCCAAGGUUGAAGAGAGAUCAUGAGUAGCCAAGAAAAUAAACUUACUGUAUCAUAUAUGUUGAAACCCACCCCUCUCCUGCCCUCUAAUGGUAUGUUUACAUUAUUUAGUUAUUGUUCAACUUUCAUCUUGGAAGAAACAGUAUUAUUAAGCUAAAGGUGUAAAUUAAAGGCAGUAUCAUACUGUUGGCCGAUAUGGGCAGUUUCAUCUGUAUGUUACUUAUUUGGGGACUUCAUAUGGCUAAGGCUUCAGAGUCGUGUUCUGAGACAGCUUACGGAGAGGUUUACAAAUUUAGGGUUUCCCUCUCAAAUCCACUGUAGCAGUUUCAAAUAAUUGUGUGGAUAUUGGGUGUUUAAUCUUUAUCAUUCUCUUUGUAUUGACACAUUUUUCAAUUUUGUGUUAAUUCAUGAACUGUUUAAGUAAUGAUGCUAAUCCAGCCUUCAUCCAGUGAUGAGAAUAGCAGUGUGAUAGGAAAUUUUGCUGAGUGUGCUUUAAUUGAGUAGUUGCUUUAUCUUUUUUAGUAUUUCAUAGGUUUUGCAUGACAUGUAUGCUCCUAAUUAUGCAUUCUUUGAUUUCUAAAUCUUACCUAAGAUACUCUAUGUUAACUGAUUGGUAGCCUAAGAAAGAGCUUUCUCUGCCCAUUUUUCCCCUCCUCCAAUUUUUUGGGGUAAAUUAUGGGAAAAUCAAUGCUAUUUCUCACUUCUCUGGAUGAAGCAAAGCUCUUUUGGAUAGCACAACCUAACUUCAUAACUAGACAGAAUGGCUAUUAAGAAUAUUUAGAAAAUCCAAAUUUAUCAAUAGUGUGGGAAAUCAUAAAUGCAGUUCAUUAAUAAUAGGUGCUUAAUUUUGAACUUAUUUUUGGAAAAUUAUUCAAAUUGGGUUCUUUUAAGCUUAUUUUAAUCAGCUUAGAAAGGAAGCUACUUAGCUAAUGAAAGCUGAGACACAUUUUCAUAAAAGCAGGAAAUUCUUGAGAGUAUUUUUUCCCUUUAAAAAUGGGAGGAUGUGGGAAUUUCCUGAUGGUCUAGAUGAUAAGGAUUUGGCAUUGUAACUGCUGUGGCUCGGGUUUGAUCCCUAGCCUGCGAACUUCUGAAUGUCAUGGGUGCAGCCAAAAAAAAAAAAGAAAAAAAAAAGAAAGAUGUUAUGCCAAGAUUUAUAUUCUCAGAUAAUCUGUAAGAAUAAAAGUUUCAAAUCACUGACUUGUGAGAGUGAGAAAAGCUAUCUUUUGCUUGAAUUCUGAUGGAAGUGUUUAACUCUUUUCAAAGGAUAUGAAAAAUUCAUUGGAAAGUGUAAUAUGUAUACAUUUCAGAUGUUCUCAGUUAUCUGGACUGAAGGCACUGUCUCACUGUGGCCGGGUGAAUGGGAGUGUCCUGUACCUGAGUCACGCUAUACUUUAAAUCAGGACAUCACUUAGAUAUUAGAUAUUAAUGUUGUGUGUACAGAUUUUUGUUUUGGGGAUUUUUUUUUUUUUUGCCUAAAUAAAUGUUCCAAAUUUUAUGUAAA